AUGGCCUAUUUCAUGACGACUAUUUUUUUUGGCCUAUUGUUUUGGCCUAUUUUUUUUUGGCCUAAUAUUUUUUGGCCUAUUUUUUUUCGGCCUAUUUUUUUUUUGGUCUAUUUUUCUUUGGCCUAUAUUUUUUUGGCCUAUUUUUUUUUGGCCUAUUUUUUUUUUGGCCUAUUUUUUUUGGCCUAUUUUUUUUUGGUCUAUUUUUUUUUAUCUCGAGGAUAA